AUGAGAGAUCUUCGUAAACUAUCAGCGUUAUGGAUGUUUGUAAUGUUAAAUGGUGCAGGUGGAUUGCUCGAUCGACUAAAAGUAACGAUAGGAGAUGAGAACCGUUAUUUCGUUCAAGGUGGAAUGGCGCGAUUAACCGAAGAAUUAUUAAAACAUAUACUUGCUGAACAUGGUGAUAUAAUUUAUGAUGAAAUAGUUACAAAUAUUCAAUUCAACGAUGACAGAGCUUAUUGUUAUACUACACAAAAUUGUUUCAAAUGUGACAUCGUGGUAAUAGCGGUACCACCCCCGGAAAAUUCUCAAAUUCGUAUCGAACCAUCUUUACCUGCACAUGUAUCUCAAUCCCAAACAUUAUUCCUACAUAGUGAUAACAUAUUUUUCAAUGCAUUUUACAAAAAACCUUUUUGGAAAGAUAAGUAUAAUGGCAAUGUUUUAGCUACAUUAGAAUCCAAUACUAUCUUAAAUAUCGCUUAUGAUGCAACCUGUAAUAACGUAAAAGGAGGAAUGAUGGCUGGAUUUCUUAAUGAUACCAAUAUUAUAUCAACGACAUCGAAAUUAAAAUUAUUCGAAACGCUAAGCCAAUGUUUUCAAACUAACGAAAUGAAACGUUGUAUCAAUUACAAAGAACUUGAACGAUCUCCGAACGAAGAUAUUGGAAUUAAAUUAGAAAGUGCUUGGCCUAUGAGCGUUAUGCAACCAUCUCAUGUAUUUAAUCAUGUUAAUCAUGUAAAUAUAUCCAACGAUAGAAUUCUCUUCGCUGCUAGCGAAUAUGCUACAAAAUGGCCUGGAAUGAUAGAUGGUGCAAUCGAAAUUGGUGAAGUAACAGCAUGCGUGAUACUUUUAAGACUUAGACCACAAUCUUUAGAGACUGCUGAUAUGACAAUUGUAUCAGAAGGCGUUUCUAUCCAGAAAUUGUUCCAAACUGAAAUUACCAUGAUGCAAUAUUUUUGUUUAGCCAUAAACAUAGCCAUCUUUUUUUCAUUUUUACAUAUGGCAUAUAAGAAGUAUUAA